AUGCCUGCCACUCUCAAGCGCUUCUCUGCACUCGCCGACCCUCACGUGGUCCACCAAUACCUCAGGGCGGAUGGAGUAGUGGUGAUCGAGGGCGCUUCUACCCGCGAAACCAUUGACGAUGUUCUCGAAGAGAUUGGAACCGUGCCGGAGGGUCAGACAUACUCCACCUUCGCUACAACUCUCUUAAUGAAUCCCCUCUUCAUCGACCAAACAAACCGCAUCCUCACCGACACCUGUAUUGUUUACUAUGAGCAGGAGCGAACUGUAUCAAUCUCCGAGCCCCAAGUCUCUCAGACCUCCCUUAUGUCGGCAGAGCCUGGAGCGGUCGCCUGGGGUCUUCGACGACAGGACGAGUGCCACCAUGUUUCGCAUCCCGCCAAACGCGAAUCGGACCUGGGAAUAAUGUUUGCAGCAAAUGAUGUUACAAAAGACAACGGUGCGAUCCGGAUCGUUAUCGGUUCCAAUAAUUGGAAUGAUAAGCGAGACCCGACACCUGAGGAGGAAUGUCUUGUUGAGCUUCGCAAAGGAGACGCUCUACUAUGCCUCGGUUCCACCUUCUACGGCCGCGCUGCCAACAAGACCGUCCAUACGAGUGUCCUCUUGACUGCUACGUCUACCCCCGGAUACCUUCGCCAGGAAGAAAACCAAUACCUUGCCGUGCGCUGGGAGGUUGCAGAGAAAUACCCUACGGCAGUUCAGCGCUUCCUUGGAUACUACGUCAGUCGGCCUUAUGGAGGCGCGGUGGAGCAUAUGGAGCCUUUGGACUUCUUGAAGGUGAAGGGUGACUGGUCUCGAUACCACCCAGUGGAUCUGAUUUAA